AACAGGCAGCCAAGUCCCCUCCUCCUUCGCUCGGCUAGUACGUGCUUAUCAUCAUUAUAGCUUUGAUUUAGUAGACAUUGGCUGUGAUGUGAUGAACCUUUGCCGGCAAUGAGGUCAACUUCUGAUGGAUAUUUAGUGCCCUGCGCCUAUUGCAUCGCCCUGCUGGACUUCAUAUCCGCCGUGCUCUUCGCAAUUAUUUCAGGAGUGGUAUAUUCCAAGCAUGGACAUUGGUCCGCUUUGGUGGCGCUGAUUUUCACCGUCUUCUGGAUGCUCAUAAUCAUAAUUUUAUUAUCUGGGAUCUAUAAAAGGAAACUGGGAUUGGUUCGCUUUUGGUUGGUGUUUACCUGUUUGGGAAUACUGCUAGAUGGAGUAAUAUUGCUUUAUGGACUGACUUUGGCCAUAUCUGUUAACUGGGAGGGUGUGAAGAUCACAGUGCUGCCGUUCGUUGGUUUGGCUGUGGAAAUGACAUUUGUGUACAUCAUCUAUCUCUUAUAUUUGGAUAUGAUUGUGCAUACUCCCCCAUCUACUCCACGUAAAGAACCGGACCGAGAAAAAGGGGGCAGUGAGGCGGAAUAUUCAGAGGAAGAUGAAAAGCCAAUGGAUCGCAAGGCCCUGAAGCGCAUGGAAAAACAAGCCAAGGAACGUAUGAAAAGGGAUAAAGCUGUUCUCAAACAGCUUCAAAAACAAAUGAAAAAAUGAGCAAAUUAGGUUUCAAUACAACUGGUUUAUAUUUUGUUAAUUAUGAUAAUAAACAAAAAUCCCUUUCUUA